AUGUGCGUCUUGACAAGCUGUACGCCAAAUCACAACAUUGCAAUGUUUCUGGAAGUAGCCAGGUCACUAUUUGUACCGGUACAAUGCUCAAGUGCACCAACCUCACAAGCAUUGAACUUAGCUGCGCCACUAAAGCGCCAGGGCCUGAACUAUGAUGCCAUGGCUCUAGCUGACCAGACCCGUUUGCCACGCUGGGGAGAGCGAGUCUGCAGCAGACAACCUUCGGCACUGCUCGGCACAUGCUCGAUUGGUUGCACACACAUCCGUUCACACGACGUGACUGCUGCAAAGUACCAGCAGCACGAUGUUACGCGCCGAGCCGCAGCGACCCCAGUUGGAUCCCAUUCCAAAUGGAGCGCUUCCACCAACCCCAGAAGCAACGGACUCGUGGUGAAUGCGCCUUGGCCGUGCGUACUAGUCGCCUUCGGGCUCAAGCUGGGUUGUAUUACAUUUAGCUGCAGCUGA